AUGCCUACCUAUGUAAUCGGUCAGUACCUCUUCCAGAGGUCGCUACAUCGCCAGUCACUCGUACGCUUCCUCACCCCCUGUAUCCUUCCUCCUCCCCUGUCGCCUGAACAGAACACAUGGAAUCCGACGAAUCCGACGGAUCCUUCCCACCCUGGGUCUCGCUCGAAUACUCGCAAAUGCUGCACCUCGCCUCCCCCUCCCAAGUGAUAUUCUCGUCCCUCUCCCCGCAGUCCGUCUCUUCCCUCGGCGGUCUGCUCGAAUCGCGAGGAGCGUCGAGAGCUUCGUACCGGGCUGAAACGAGCAGCAUUCUCGAAUUGAUGAAGGCAGAAGGGGUGGAUCUGAGCAAGGUGUGCUUGUUGGAUCCCAAGGCGCAGAAGGAGGUCUCGGUCGAGGAUCGGGAAGAGUUUGACUGGUUCUUGUGAGUCGGAAAUGAUGGCAGGCUUGCUCGGAAGAGACAAGACUGACAACUACACCUCUUUUGAUUCGAAAGAUUCGGUGGUAUCUUAGGAGACGACCCCCCUCGAGGUGAGCCUCCCGAUCUCGGAAAGAUCAGGUUCUCGGCUAGGCGAAUGCCAAUCUUACCCUUCCGCCCAUCCUUCCCCAGACCGAACAGGUGAACUUCGCAAACUCGGCUUCCCGACCCGCCAUCUCGGUCCCGUACAAAUGACGACCGACACCGCGCUCGGAGUCACCAAGAUCGUCGUACAAGAUCAAAGUCAGUUCCAAAUUGCUUCUUUUCAAAUGCGUCGAAGGAUUGACAUUUUUUUUUCUUUCAUUCUCACCAGUCCCAUUGGACAAGAUUCCUUUCGUCAACCACCCUACAAUCCGAUUCGACGAGAUUGAAUCUGUAGAGGUCAGUCCCAGGGCUUCGACUCUGAAGCAUCCCGGUAAUACCUUGCGGAGCUAACUUCCAGCUCUCUUGAUCGCAGAUGCCCUUCCGCUACGUUGCCGAUGCUCAAGGCGAGCCGAUCUUGCCGAAAGGGAUGCGAGAAUUGCUUAGGUAGGUCUAAGAUAUCCUCGCAUAGCUCUAACGCUCGCUGACCACUUGUUCUCCUUUCACUUGCGCAGGGAGGACAUGGACAAAGGAUUCGACAACUUUGAUGAUGACGAGGAGCCGAGCAAGUAG